AUGGGAGGAUAUGAGCUGUCUAUGACAGGCUAUUACCUCUGUGCUGUGAAUCAGACCACAGUCAUGAGUUCAGUGUUGUCGUACAAGACGCCGUACACUCAGAGGAGGUCCUGUGGCGGCUGGCUGCCCUGGAGGACCUGUGAGGUGACCCUUUACAGAGUGGCUUACCGCUCUCAUCCCAUCAGCCUACACAGGGAGGUUAUGCAGUGCUGCCCUGGCUAUGAACAAGUGGGCAGUUACUGUGCUUUGCCUCUUAACUGCAGUGCGGAGUUCACUGCCAAACCAGGGUUCUGUCCGGAGGCUUGGCCCAAUGGCUCCCACUGUGCAUCUCAACCACAGUGUGGCUUGGACACAGACUGCCCCGGUUGGCAGAAGUGCUGCCCCGCUACAGGUGGACGCUACUGUGCUGACCCACAGCCUCCAGCUGAACAAGGAUGGGGCUUCAAUGCAACUGUAACGGUAAAGAUAGACUAUCAGGAGAUGAUUGCGACUGACAAGGGCCUGUUAAACCACAUGCGGCUGCUGCACUCUGUGGUGACUGGGGCCUUGAAUUACUCUGACAUGUCUGUGCGCCAUGUUGUCUCAUGGUCUGCUGGUCCCCACAUCACUUCCUCCUCGCUUCUCAUCGGUUCCUCUUGGGCUCUCGUCCUGGCAGACGUCUCCAGGAGGCUUCAGUCUCUGCUCAGACACAUAGAGGAGGUGGUGGCUGUGACAGUACAAGAUAUGGAUGAUUGUGGCCAUAGGGAGCUGAGUAAGUGUCCUCCCCACUCAGUCUGCAUCAACACGGUGGGCUCGUACAUGUGCAGCUCCGCCAACCACAGCAAAAGCACAACCACUGAGCCACCUUCUCCCACGACAGCAGGCACUGUAAUCACUUCAACCCUGACCAAAGCUACGGGCACCAUAACAAAGACUAUCUCAAACUCACCAGUGAUCACAACCUUAUCCACAACUAAUGCUAGGGUCACAAAUGCAGUAGCAACGGCAACCACUUCAACCCCAACCAAGGGUAUGGUCACAAAUACACAAAUGUCUCCGGAUCUUACAACGACCUCUCAGCCCAUCCAGGUCAUCUCUCACUCGGUGUCCAUCACUGUGGUGUGCAACGCAGGCUACAUGUCUGUGUGGGUGGCACGGGACUUCCUAAGUGGCAAGCACAUGUCGGCCGAGUCGCUGUACCUGGGCCUGCCAGAGUGUGGAGUCAACGGAGGCAACGACAGCCAUGUGGAGCUGGUGGCAGCAUGGAAUGAAUGUGACACAGUACUGAUGAGUAACAGCACUCAUAACACGGCAGAGGUGACGCUCUAUAACGACAUGAGCAGCCACACCUGGCCCGACGGCUCUGUGAGCAUGCCCAGUGCGCGGCUCCAGGUGCCCAUCCUGUGCAGCACCGUCAUGUCCACGGGACUCCCACCCCUGGUGACCAUGGGCCAAGAUGAAUCCACCAGCCUCAGUAACCCCUGGUCAGGGUCUUCCUCUUCUACUCUUCCACAGAUGCCCCCUACUCCUAGUGUUACAUCUGAGCCACCCCACAACUUCCCAUGCAAUGUGCCUGAGAUCGUCAGCAUCAAAGCUCUCAACAUCACAAGCUCCUCAUUUAGAGUCUCCUGGACGACAGCACCUCCAGGUCCUGUUACCUUCCAAGUGAUGGUUCUCCAGGGUUCGGGUGAGCUGAGUAGCUGGCAGACAGCAGAAACAGAAAUUGAGGAGAAGCAGCUGCUGGCAGGGGUCCUCUACAGAGUCUGUGUCAUCCCUUAUGCCUGUGGAGUUCAGGGAACCAUGGUAGAGAUUCGAGUUAAAACAGAUGCACAGGCCCUUCAGGCUGUAGCCCGUCUGACUAACGUGCUGUUCACUGAGUCCCUCCUGGAUUCAGAGAGCCCUGAUUAUAAGAAUCUCUCUCAGAGCAUUCAAGCUGAGAUCCUGCAAUCCCUCCCUUCAGAUAUCCAGGCCCUGGUGGAGUCUGGGAAGGUUCGAGUCAUCAUCACUGGCUUCUCGCAGGGCAGCGUGGUGGUGAACUUCUCCAUUGUGUUUGUGCCCAGUGAGGACCAGGACAUCGUAGGGCUGUCACACUCCCUCAUGGCCUCUCUGCAGAAAAGCUCCAAAUAUGCUGUAGAUAGUAACAGCACCUCCAUACAAGAUUUGAAUGAGUGUGUCAGCGGAGAUGUUGACUGUUCCACUGAGGCACAGUGUGUCAACACCAUGGGGGGCUAUAACUGUGUCUGCAAUGAUGGGUUUGAAGACACUAACCCCAGCUGGCCAGGACGAUCCUGCAUAGCACUGAGUGCAAGCUCAUCUGUGCCGAGUCUCCCUCCACCCAUCACCACCACACAGAGCGUGUAUACAACAAGCCUAAGCACUGACAACUCAGACUCUGAGACUGCACCUAUCACCACCAUGAUCAUCACCACGCCCACCACUCAAGGGCCUAUUACUCCACCGGAGCCUGUGGCCAGUACAUCUAAUGACAAGCAGAUGACCUCUUCUUCAGGGAUAGCUACUACUCCCUAUAUAUCAGCCACAGCAACAACAAAAGCAACAGACAACACCACCACCACACGUUCAGUGAUGUUCACAACCAUACCACUGACCUCAACUUCUUCAACUACAACAAACUCACUUGUGACCACAACCACUUCAAACACAUCUAAGGCAACAGUCGCCUCUGUACCAUCAACCUUCACCACUUUAACUACAACAAAGACUAUCUCAAUCUCACCAGUGAUCUCAACCUCAUCCACGACUAAUGCUAGAGUCACAAAUGCAGUAGCAACGACAAUCACUUCAACCCCGACCAAGGCUAUGGUCACAAGUACAAUAAUGUCUCCGGAUCUUACAACGACCAUCCAGGUCAUCUCUCAAUCGGUGACCAUCACUGUGGUGUGCAACGCAGGCUACAUGUCUGUGUGGGUGGCACGGGACUUCCUAAGUGGCAAGCACAUGUCGGCCGAGUCGCUGUACCUGGGCCUGCCAGAGUGUGGAGUCAACGGAGGCAACGACAGCCAUGUGGAGCUGGUGGCAGCAUGGAAUGAAUGUGCCACAGUACUCCGGAGCAACAGCACUCAUAACACGGCAGAGGUGACGCUCUAUAACGACAUGAGCAGCCACACCUGGCCCGACGGCUCUGUGAGCAUGCCCAGUGCGCGGCUCCAGGUGCCCAUCCUGUGCAGCUACAUCAACAGCAUUGUGAUCUCUGCGGGAUACUCCCCACACGAGUAUGACAUGAUUAAAGACGUGGUGCAGGGGUCGGGCUCCUUCCACGUAAGAGUUCGCCUGCUGAACGGCACCAUGCCCCUGCCGGAGAACUACACCCUCUCCCCCGACGAGGAGGUGGUGGUGGAGGUGAGCGUCAACUCCACCCUCCAUCAGAUCAAGGUCGUCCUCAACAGGUGCUGGGCCACCCCCACCAACAAUCCUUCCGGGCCGAAGGAGUAUAUCUUCCUGGAGAAUGGUUGCCCUCUUCCUAAAACCUACACCACAGUACUGCAGAAUGGCAACGACAGCAAAGCGCUUCUGGCCAUCCAGAUCUUCUCACUCGUGGAUGUGGACGUCAUUUAUCUGCACUGCCAGAUUCAGAUUUGUUUCAAGACUGGAGAGUCGUCGUGCAGGCCUGACUGUAAUGGAAUUGGACCACGUGGAGUCUCUCGGCUGUCUAACCUAGUUGGAGCAGAAAAGGCAUCCUGUGGACCCUUUCACAGGUUAAACCAGGAGGGCACUGUUGUCCAGCGGCGGGACACCCUGCGGGCGGUGGGCUUUAGCCUGCUGGGUGUGGGGCUGUUCCUGUUCCUCCUGGCUGGGGUGGUGGGCUUCAUAAUCUACAAGAGACGCAUUGGCACCUACAACUUCAGCUUCAAGUCCCAGCCCGAAAACUUCACCUAUCACGUGUUUGACACCUAGAGGGGUUUCAGUCUGUCUGUUUAUUUGUCUCUCUCUGUGUGUGUGUGUGUGUGUGUGUCAGUAAUGCACGGUUCGCCCGAAAUCGAGCGGUCGCCCGUGGAUGACCGCGGUCACCUGCGGUUAAGAGUCAUGAAAAAAUAUUUUAAUAAUAUUCGGG